AUGUUGACCGCAAAUCGGUCGACCCAAACAAACAGCAGCUACGAAGAGACGCCAAACAGAGAUCGACCACGAGAUUUGCUUCGAUCAAGGAACGCCAGAGGCUUGAACACCUACACAACGACACCGGAGUUGCGUCAACCACCCUCGAAGAAGCUAGAACCCGCGGCGAACACCCACGAUGUCGGAGAGACGUGGAGCAGAAUUCGGACCACCAAAAAAAAAAAAUCAGCGACGGUUUCUAUAGCUGUGGAUUUUUAUAAGGUGCGGACAAUGCGUUGUAAAGAUCACUUUGAAAUGAGGGAAUACAAUAUUGAUGUGCUCAAAGACGAAGAAGAUUCAUCUGUGUAUUCGAAAGGGAGGCCAUAUCCAAUAUAUCCUUCGAAAAAAGGACUAAACCCAGAUUUUCUUAGGGAUAUCAUUUCAAGAGCUCUAAAGACACUGCCACACAAUCUUGACCCUAUACCUAAAGAUGUCACUCAGGAUUUCGGACUUUUGUGUCUUUCAGAUGCAUAUAUUGGCAUUCACCAGCCAAAAAAUUUAAACGAGGCCGAUUUAGCACGAAAAAGGCUUAUAUUUGAUGAGUUCUUUUAUCUUCAGUUGGGAAGGUUAUUUCAAAUGCUUGAGGGUCUUGGUACAAAGAUAGAGAAGGAUGGGUUACUUGAUAAGUACAGGAAGCCUGAGUUGAGCUCAACAAUUAUGGAAGAAUGGUCCUGUAUGACCAAAAAAUUCGUGGAGGCUCUUCCAUAUUCCCUUACUCGCAGUCAGCUGAAUGCAACUUCAGAAAUCAUUUGGGAUCUAAAGCGAGCGGUUCCAAUGAAUCGAUUGUUACAGGGUGAUGUUGGAUGUGGAAAGACUGUGGUAGCAUUCCUAGCGUGCAUGGAGGUAAUUGGCUCGGGCUAUCAGGCAGCUUUUAUGGUUCCCACUGAGCUGCUAGCAGUGCAGCAUUAUGAGAACCUUCUUCACUUGCUAGAGAAAAUAAAAGACAUCCAUAAAAGACCUUCUGUUGCUCUGUUGACAGGCUCAACCCCAACAAAACAAGCACAGUUUAUUCGUAAGGGUCUCCAAGCCGGAGAUAUCUCGCUGGUUAUUGGAACUCACACUUUAAUAGCUGAAAAGGUGGAGUUUUCAGCUUUACGCAUUGCAAUUGUAGAUGAACAACAUCGUUUUGGUGUAGUCCAAAGAGGACGAUUCAAUAGCAAGUUAUAUUUCAACUCCAUAAGUUCCAAACUGGCCUCAACUAGUUCAAAGGAUUCACAGAAAAGUGACAUUGUCAUGGCUCCACAUGUUCUGGCAAUGUCAGCCACACCAAUUCCUAGAACACUUGCGCUGGCUUUGUAUGGGGACAUGUCGCUGACCCAAAUCACCGAUUUACCUCCUGGAAGAACACCAGUUGAAACAUACAUCAUUGAAGGAAAUGAAACUGGAUUUGAGAAUAUAUACCAGAUGAUGGAGGAAGAGUUGGGAGGAGGAGGAAAAGUAUAUCUUGUGUAUCCAGUCAUCGAGCAAUCUGAGCAACUGCCUCAGCUUCGUGCUGCUUCAGCUGAUCUCGAAACUAUCUCUAGAAGGUUUCCAGAUUAUAAUUGUGGAUUAUUACAUGGAAAAAUGAAAAGUGAUGAGAAGGAUGAAGCAUUGAGGCGGUUUAGGGCUGGAGAAACAAAUAUACUGCUCUCUACACAGGUGAUUGAGAUCGGGGUUGACGUACCAGACGCGUCUAUGAUGGUUGUAAUGAAUGCAGAGAGAUUUGGAAUUGCGCAAUUGCACCAACUUCGAGGUCGGGUUGGCCGUGGAGAAAGGAAGUCCAAGUGUAUAUUAUCAGCAUCUACAACCACUAGCCUAAACCGACUGAAGGUGCUUGGGAAAUCAUCAGAUGGAUUUUACCUUGCAAACAUGGACCUUCUACUGCGUGGGCCUGGCGACUUGCUUGGUAAGAAACAGUCAGGGCACCUUCCUGAGUUUCCCAUAGCUAGGUUAGAGAUUGAUGGGAAUAUUCUACAAGAAGCGCAUCUUGCUGCACUGAAAGUUUUGGGAGAAUCUUAUGACUUGGAGAAAUUCCCAGACCUCAAAGCUGAGCUUAGCAUGAGACAGCCUCUGUGCCUUCUUGGAGACUAA